AGUGCCUCCACAUCUCACAAAGUGUCGUUAAGUUUGUUAGCCUCCACCUUGGCUUGCGUGGCUUCAACCUUCUGGAUUAGUGCCUUGGCCUGCACAUCGCAAAGUGUCUCUCUAAGUGUCUCGAGCUACACCCCGGCUACCCCGUUAGCGAGGGAGUCGACAAGUACCUCGUCCUCUACAUCUUUCCGUGUGGCGCCAAGUGUCACAGAGCCUAAACCAUUAGACUUCCAACCAUCCUGUAGCCGACUAUCUUAAAAUUGCCAGUGUUUCGCCAAGUGUUUAAAGACUAACACUUGCUAUCAAGGCAGCUAGCGUGAAGACACCUAUCUCGUGCUGCCCAUCAUUUAAAGUUUCAUUAACCUUCUCCGUUUCCACCCUUUAUUGCGUAGGAACUAAUGUAUAAAACAGUUUCUUGAUCUGUAUAUUGCCAAUUGUAUGACCAAGUUUCUAGUUCCCAACGUAGGCUUGCGCGCCAGCCAACAUGGUGAUCAGUGCCUUGACUCUCACAUCAGCUACUAUAGCGCGAAGUGUCUCGUCCUCCUGCUUGGUAGCACGUCAGCUACAGUGUCGCCCUAUCCAAGUUUGUCACCAAGUGUCUCGGAGUUUAGUCCGCCUAGCCUUUAAGAAGGUCAUCGACCAUUCUAUCGGCCUUGACAUCGCUUAGUAUAUUGCAACGGUUUCAGCAACAACCUCUGGUAGCGUCACAGCGAGCGUGUGUACUUUCGUCUCGUCUGCCGCAUCGCCCAUUGUCUCAGCAAAUGUCUCGGCCUCUAAGUCAGCUGGUGUGGCAGCCAGCGCGACGGUUAGUGCCUUGCCCUCUGCAUCGCCUAGUCUCUCGCCAAGUAUCUUCUCUUUUACAGUGUUGUAUCUUAGCCAGAUUGUCCGACAAAGCCUCGCACUGCAUAAAGCCCAGACUAUCGUCAAUUCUCUCUGCUUCCACUUGCAAGCUUGUCAUCGUUCAUCUCGACCACUGCUCCGGUCUCCACAUCUCCCGCUGUGUUGCCACGUUUCUCUACCUCCACCUGUGCUACUGUGUCAGCAAGAAAGUCGACAACUACCCUCUACAUCUUUUAGUAUGUCAACAAGUGUCUCGGCCUUUACUUUUGUAGCGUUUUAGCUACCGUGUCGAGUAGUGUCUCGGCCCGCACAAGUGCUAGAGUGUCAGCCAUCGAGUCGACCACUGCCUUACCCGCUACAUGAAAAAACUGUCGGGAAGUGCUUCGGCUUUCCGAUUACCGGGUGUGCGGCCAAUUGACUCGUCUCUACAUUUAAUAGCGUCUAAGCUAGUGUGUUGACUUAUGCCUCGGGCUCUAGAUUACGCAGUGUGUUGCAAAGUUUUUUGCCUCCACCAAAGCUAGUGUGUCAGCCUUCGUGUUAACCCGUACCUCGGUCUCUGCAUCCCUCAUUGAGUCGGGCUGCAACUCCACUAGCGUGUUCCAGCACGUAAACCACCGCUUCGUUCUCCAUAUCGCGCGGUUUUUUGGCGAGUGUAACCACCUCCACCUGUUAUACUCUUUAUCUGGGCCAGUACAUCGCUUAGUGUGUCGAUAAGUGUCUUGCCAUCCAUGUGUACUAGCGUGUCAGCCAGCAUGUUGACCAGCUCCAGUUCGUCCGGUUUGUCGCCAAGUGCUUUAGCCUCCGCCUCAGAUAGCCCGUUUGCGAUCGUCUUGACCAGUGCCUCUUGCCUCACAUCGCGCAGUGUUCCGCCUAAUCUCUAUGUCUUAACAUUUGCUAACGUGUCAUCCAGCGCAUCAAUCAGUGUAACGGCCUUGUUAUCGACAAGUGUCUUCCCAAGUUUGUUAACCUCCACCUCUGCUAGCGUGUAAGCUAGCGUUUUGUCCAGUGCCAAGACGUCCACUUCGUCAAGUGUGUCGCCAAGUGAUUUUCCUCCACUUCUGCUAGGGUGUAAUACAGCGUGGCGACGAGUGCCUCGGCCUCGAAAACAUUCAGUCUGUUGCCAUGAGUCUCGUCCUCCACCACUGAUAGUGUGUCAGCCCGCCUGUCGAUUUGUUCCUUGGCCUAUACAUCACCCACUUUUUCCAAACGCUAUAAAUCUUUACUUCUACAACCGUGUCGUUUAGCGUGUCAACCAGUGCUUUUCCCUCCACGUCGCUUAGCGUUUUGCCAAUUGUCUUUGCCUGCAGCUUUGCUAGUGGGUCGGCCAGCGUAUCCAGAGGAGUUUUGGCCAUCUCUUUGGCUAGCGUGCUGGCCAGCUUGUCCACCAGUGCUUCGAAUUUUAUUUCACAUAGUGCUUCGUUAACUGUCUUGCAUUGCAGCUUUGCUUGCGUGUCAGCCAGCAUCACCCAUUGUGUCACGAAAUGUCUUGGCAUCCACUCUUGGGUGUCAGCCAGCAGGUGCACUAAUGCACUGGACUACCUAUGCCCAGUGUGUCAGCCAGCGUAUCAAAAAGUGCCUUGCCAUCGACAACGUCUAGUCAUUCGCCGAGUGUCGUUCCUCUACCUCUUCUUGCGUAUUGGCAAGCCUGUUGACCAAAGCUGCA